AUGCCUUUCACCACCAAAGUCGAGCACCUUGAACCUUACGACCGGCUCUCGCCAGCUAAGUUGGCCUCAGAGUAUGCGUCCAAGAAUGUCUUGAUAACUGGCGGCGGGUAUGGCAUCGGGGCUUCCAUCGCACGCGCCUUUGCAGAAGCACGGGUGGCCAGUAUUGUUGUUGCAGGCCGGACAGAGUCGAAGUUGAAGGCUACGGCUGAAGAGCUCAAAAGCGCGCAUCCAGGACUUACUGUGGAAUACCGUACUGUCAAUAUCACAUCGGAGGAAUCAGUCAAGGUCCUGUUUUCGUCCCUGAACAAACCGGUCGACGUGCUUGUCAAUAACGCCGGAUUCCUGUCCAAUCCCGAGAAUUUUGUCCACGCUGACUUGAAGGAAUGGUGGCAGUCGUUUGAAGUUAACGUCCUCGGCACGGCAUUCGUCCUGCAGCAGUUUUUACGGGCACGGGCAAAGCAAAACGCUAAAGAUCAGGCCGUUGUCGUGAACCUCAACACCGUCGGCGCGUACAACGUCCUUGUACCUUUCCUCUCCGCAUACGGGGCGAGCAAGGCUGCGAUGUGGAGAAUGAUGGAGACAAUUACCAUGGACAUUCAAACAACGACGGUGGUUCCUGGCGGGGUUAGGUUCAUCUCGGUGCAUCCUGGGUUUGUCAAGACUGCCAUGGCAGACAAGUCUGGCCUAGACGGCUUAUUUGCACCUACCAGCCCUCAGCUUGCGGCAGAGUUCAUUGUCUGGGCUGCAGGCGAGGAGGCGUCUUUUCUCGCAAAUAGACUAGCUUGGGUGAACUGGGACGUAGACGAGCUGGUUGCGAGGAAACAGGAGAUUGUGGAAAAAGAUAUGCUGAGGACUGGUAUGUCUUGA